AUGACGAAAGACGGCAAGCACACACCAACCACCGACGAGCUGCUGGCUCAGUUCGACGACCUGAGCGUCGAUGCCGUCAACGCCAAACCACCACAGCCAGGCAAGCAAGGAGCCGUCGAGGACGACGUGCUUGAUGAAUUCCAGAAUCUAGUCUCCCAGAGGCCCGCAAGUCGCCCUGCAACGCCCCAGAUCUCAUCGCCCUCGACCAAGUCACCGAAGCCGGCGGCGGCUACCGCUACACCCACUACCGACCGGUCCAGCGAGGAGAAGUUACAGACCAGGAAGUCAGGAGAUAGCACAAGAGCAUACCAUCGGAGCAUCACGCCCUUAUCAGAGACACAGAAUACACCGCCGAGCCCACCACAGCCGCAGACCAGUAGCAGUAGCGGCGGCGGCGGCGGAGGUGGAUGGUGGGGUGGUCUCUUUGCUACGGCUACCGCGGCCGUCAAGCAAGCUGAGGCAGCAGUGCAGGAGAUCCGGAAAAACGAAGACGCCCAGAAAUGGGCAGACCAGGUCCGUGGUAAUGUCGGUGCUCUUAGGGGACUCGGGGGAGAGCUACGCACACUCGCACUUCCAACGGUUACAUCCCUUCUCCACACUCUGGCUCCUCCAAUAUCAACUCAUGAACGUCUCCAAAUCCAUAUCACGCAUGAUCUCCAAGGAUAUCCUGCCCUAGAUCCUCUCAUAUACAAUGUGUUUUCCCGAGUCAUGGCCCAGGUCGAGGGAGGUGACUUACUCGUCAUCCAACGUGGCCAGGAAGCUGCACCAAAGCGUGGAGAGGGCGCGGGUACCAGUCAAUAUAGCUCAGCAGGUUGGAAUGAUGGGCCAUGGUGGCGUUAUGCCUCUCCAGGAGGUGGUCGCUCGAUCUCUGCCAUCAAGGGUACCAUGGUAGCCAGCAAGCUUGCGCGAGCGAGUGCUGAGUCUUACGCAAAUGACUUUUUCGCAGCUCGCGGCGGUAUAGAAGAAGCUACCCGUCAAGCUUCCGAAAUUCUAUCCGACACCAAUCCCGUCAGGAAUAGUGAUAUCUUCCUGGCAAUCCAAGCUAUCAGCCAGCCCGUAUCAGAAGACCUUUUCCAGGCCGGCGCUGGACCCAGCGGAGAAACUGACAAGCCAACCAGCGGCGUCGUGGAGGCUGAACAAGAAACUGAGGAAGAAGUGUCCUUCGCCGUGUACCUGCAUGAUCCCAUCCAUGGCAUUGCUUUCCAUACAAUAUCCCAGUCUAUUCCACAGAAAUGGAUCGACUGGCUUGAUGCUCCUGCCCCUGACCCCUCUUCCGCAGACCAAAGCUCUGCCUCUCAAGAAAUGCAAUCAACCGUUCCAGAAGCCAUUGCUGAAAUAAUUGAGAGCGGAGGAGUCGAUCCACGUGAAUGGGUGGCCGAAUGGGUUGAAGACGCAAUUACUUUGGCCGUGGGUGUUGUUGCACAGCGCUACGUGGCUAGGAGAAUGGGCGUUGGUGUCGGCGGUAUCAACAAGGGAAAGAUGAAAGCUGAGCAGGCUACUGUUGUUGACAGCGGAGCUGGGGAGGCUGCAAGGGCUAUUUAG